AUGUCGGCGCUGCGCUGGGGCCAUGGCGCGUCCGGUCUCCGGAGGGCCCUGUGGCCGGCGGGUCGGCCCGGCCCCCUGGCGGAGGAAGGGGCUCUCAGUGGCGUCUGGGGCCGCAGGAGGAGCUCCUCUGCCAACCCCUGUGAGCAAGACCGCCGGAAGGACUGGGGCCACGCGGAGCUGCUGGAGGUGCUUGAGGCGCGGGUGCGGCAGCUGCAGGCCGAGUGUGUGUCAGAGGUAACGGUGAAGAGGGUCGGCAUGGCUCGACGACUCCCAGCAUCUGGCAGCUUCCAGCCACCCGGGAAGGCCCAGAUGGGGCCCGAGGACACUGCUGCGGAGCUCAGUGGCCGCUGGGCCCAGAAACUGGACAAGGAGAAGUUUGCGAUGCAGAAGCGCAAGCAGCGGCUGGAGGUGAAGCUGCAGGUGCGAGCCCAGCAGCUGGCUUGUGAGCACAGGCUGCGGGUGGUACCCCGCCUGCUGGACGCCCAGCUGGCCAGCUGCCUGCCGCACUGGGAGCACGGGGCCCCCCGGAGCCACUGGGAAGAGCGGCUGACGCGGCUGCUGCAGGAGGCCCCGCGGAAGCUGAGCCAUGAGGCCGAGCAGGCCCCCAAGGCUGAGAGCGCCUCUGUGCGGCGGGAGAUCCAGCAGCAGAGGCUCCUGGCCUUCUUGGAGUGCUGCCUGCUCACGGGCCACCUGCCUCUCGCCCACCACGUGCUGGUCACCUUCCACAGCCGGUCCCGGCAGCAGCGGCGGCUCACACUAGCCAUGUACAACACCGUCAUGCUCGGCUGGGCUCGCAAGGGCUCCUUCAAAGAGCUGGUUUACGUGUUCUUCAUGGUGAAAGAUGCUGGCCUCACCCCAGACCUGUUAUCCUAUGCGGCCGCCCUGCAGUGCAUGGGACGGCUGGACCAGGACACCAACACCAUCCAGAGGUGUCUGGACCAGAUGGCCCGGGACGGGCUGAAGCUGCAGGGGCUGUUUACCAGCAUGCCACUGUGCCAGGAGGAGCAGGACAUGGUCCUGAGGGCUGUGCACAAGGCCCAGCCCACCUUCAGCCUGCCGCCGCCACCGCGGCCCCCACCCCAGGUCAACACCUCACCGCUGCUCAGGGAGAUCUACGCCAAGAGCGGCCCCGUGUCGUACCCGAAGCUGCACCUGCCCCUGCAGAAGCUACAGAGCCUCUUCCAGCAGCAGCUGGGCGUGGAGAUGGCCACCACCGUGGCCGUGGAAUCUGUGGAGAAGGCCCGGGUGCUGACCAAGGAGGUCCUGCAGGCGCGGAACACCCUGAAGCAGCUGCGUGCCGAGUGGGUGCAGGCGCUGAGCUUGGGGCUGCAGGAGCUGAAGGCCAGCGAGGCCCGCGCCGCCCGUGCCGGCCGCUCCACCAUCUUCCCGUACCUGUGUGUGCUCACCGAGGAGGAGCUCGCCGAGCUGCUGCUGCAGACCCUGCAGGUGCUGCCCCCGCAGGGAGAGUCGCUGCUCUCCCUGGCACAGCAGCUGGGCCUGCGCGUCUUCAACCGGCACACGGUGCACAGGAAGCAGCUGAGCAGCCAGGUGCAGGCGCUCCAGCAGCGUUACCACCAAUACCUGCACCUGCUGGCCUCCGACACCCAGGUGGAGACGCCCCACCUGCCACGGCAGUACUGGGAGGCGCUGGGGGCGCCUGAGGCCCCCCACGAGCAGCCCUGGCCCUUGCCCGUGCUGGUGCAGCUGGGCAAGAAGCUUGCCGAGUUGCUGGUGGAGGCCGUGCGGAUGCCUGGCAGCGUGGCCGCCCCGCAGGGCCCCUGCACGCUCAUCCCCGUGCUCUACCACGUGUACUCCUUCCGCAGCUUCCGCCAGAUCGGGAUCCUGAAGCCGCACCCUGCCUUCACGGAGCUUCUGGCGACGGCCGCAGAGCGCACGCUGACCUUUGAAGCGGCCGAGGUGCCCAUGCUGUGCCCGCCGCUCCCCUGGACGUCGCCGCACACGGGUGCCUUCCUGCUGAGCCCCACCAAGCUCAUGCGCUCGCUGGAGGGCACCAUGCAGCACCAGCGCCUGCUGGACAGCUGCCCACCCACCGAGCUGCACGGUGCCCUGGACGCCCUCACACAGCUGGGCAAUUGCGCCUGGCGGGUCAAUGGGCGCGUGCUGGACCUGGUCCUGGAGCUCUUCACCGCCAAGGGCUGCCCGCGUCUGGGUGUGCCGGCCCCGCCCUCCGAGGCACCCCGGCCGCCCGAGGGCCGCCUGCCGCCCAGCGCCUCACCCACCCACAAGGCCAAGGUGCGGCGGGAGCUGGCCCGCUGCCUGAAGGUGGCGCGGGAGAUGCACAGUCUGCGCUCGGACGCCCUGUACCGCCUCUCGCUGGCCCAGCACCUCCGGCACCGUGUCUUCUGGCUGCCUCACAACAUGGAUUUCCGUGGGCGCACCUACCCCUGCCCGCCCCACUUCAACCACCUGGGCAGCGACCUGGCGCGUGCCCUGCUGGAGUUUGCCCAGGGCCGUCCGCUUGGCCGCCACGGCCUUGACUGGCUCAAGAUCCACCUGGUCAACCUCACUGGGCUCAGGAAACACGAGCCGCUGCAGGCACGCCUGGUCUUCGCCAAUGAGAUGAUGGAGGACAUCCUGGAUUCUGCCGACCGGCCCAUGACGGGCCGGAAGUGGUGGAUGGAGGUGGAUGAGCCCUGGCAGGCCCUGGCUUGCUGCAUGGAGAUUGCUCGGGCCGUGCGCUCCCCCGACCCUGCGGCUUACGUCUCUCACUUUCCAGUUCACCAGGACGGCUCCUGUAACGGCCUGCAGCACUAUGCCGCCCUGGGCCGGGACAGUGUGGGGGCCGCCUCUGUCAACCUGCUGCCCUCUGACCUGCCACAGGAUGUAUACAGUGGGGUGGCUGCGCAGGUGGAGGUGUUCCGCAGGCAGGACGCCGAACGGGGCGUGCGGGUAGCCCAGGUGCUCGAGGGCUUCGUCAGCCGCAAGGUGGUCAAGCAGACGGUGAUGACUGUGGUGUAUGGGGUCACCCGCUACGGGGGCCGCCUGCAGAUCGAGAAGCGCCUGCGGGAGCUCAGCAACUUCCCCCAGGAGUUCGUGUGGGAGGCCUCUCACUACCUGGUGCGCCAGGUGUUCAACAGCCUCCAGGAGAUGUUCUCGGGCACUCGGGCCAUCCAGCACUGGCUGACGGAGAGCGCCCGGCUCAUCGCCCACACGGGCUCGGCCGUGGAAUGGGUCACACCCCUGGGCAUCCCCAUCAUCCAGCCCUACCACCAGGACUCCAAGGUGUUGAUCAGCGGUGGGAUCCAGAGCCUCACCUUCAGCCAGAGUGGGGACACCAGCCAGAAGCCUAACACACUGAAGCAGAAGAAUGGCUUCCCCCCCAACUUCAUCCACUCGCUGGACUCUUCGCAUAUGAUGCUCACAGCUCUGCACUGCUACAGGUGGGCCGGGCACAGUCCACCCAGCUCUGUUCGUCAUCUCUUGCAUGCAGGCCCUGUUCAGGGUGUUGGGGAUGUGUGCCGGGAGCAGUUUGUCCGCCUGCAUAGCCAGCCCAUCCUGCACAACCUGUCCAGGUUCCUGGUGAAGCGAUUCUGUUCCGGCACCAGGUCCCCCAAGCACUCCAAGAACGCAUGGAUUGGCAAGCUGCAGGACACGCUGAAGUCCGUGCCGAAGACAGGGGCCUUCGACCUGGAGCAGGUGAAGCACUCCACUUACUUCUUCAGCUGA